AUGCUCUCGCCGCCAGACACUGAGGCCCAGUGGCGCCAGUUAUCUGAUUAUUGGUACCACAGUUGGAAUUUUCCGCAUGUUAUUGGGGCUAUAGAUGGGAAGCAUAUUGCGUGUAAAGCUCCGGCCAACACUGGGUCCGACUACUUAAACUAUAAAGGCUUCUUCAGUGUUAUCCUCCUAGCAGUAGUGUCUUCUGACUACAUGUUCCUGUGGAUAGACGUAAGCGGCAAGGGGUCCUCCUCUGAUGCCCACAUCUACAAUGAAAGUGAGUUCAAGGAGGGUCUGCAGAACAAUGACAUCGCGGGCUUCCCAGAGCCAGAUCCUCUGCCAGCUGACACACAGGAUGUACCCUACUUCCUGGUAGGUGACGAUGCGUUCGGACUCCGGACCUACAUGAUGAAGCCCUACGCUAACAGGGACAUGACCAGGGAGCAGAGGAUAUUUAACUAUCGACUGUCGCGGGCCAGACGGGUAUUUGAAAAUUCGUUCGGGAUCCUUGCCAACAGAUUUCAAGUUCUCCUGACUACCAUGAUGCAUGAAGCUGACACUGUCAGGCUGGUGGUCAAGGCGUGCAUACUCCUUCACAACCUGAUGAGAACACGUUACCCGGUGAUGCAGAACAGGCUGGUGGACUGGGAGCGUCCAGAUGGAGCCCUGGUGAAUGGUGAUUGGCGUGAAGGCAGGAACCUUGAAGACACGAGGCCUGAUAGAGUACCAGGACCCAACAGAGAUGCCAGACUAGCCAAGGCCCAGAUGAACCUCAUCAUGCAGUGGUGCAACUCCCCUGCUGGAAGGGUGCCGUGGCAGGAUGACAUGCUCCUCCCCCAUUAG